CCUUUCUUUCUUUCUUUAUUCCUCUUACUCUCCUCUCUCUAUCAUUUUCAAUUCGCUGGAGGAGAGCUGCUGAGGGGGGGUGAGGGAGAGGAAGAGAAAGUUGGUAGGUGGGGGAGCCUGCGAGGUCUAUUUCGUGGGUGAAGAAGAAGAAGAAGAGUACUGAAGAUCUUUGUUAGUGGGUUUCAAUUCUCAAGUCUCUAAGGGAAUUAGGACGCCAUGGCCUUCGCCGGAACAACCCAGAAAUGCAGGGCGUGUGACAAGACCGUGUAUCUAGUGGAUCAGCUCACCGCCGAUAACCGUAUCUACCACAAGGCCUGCUUCCGAUGCCACCACUGCAAAGGUACCCUCAAGCUGGGCAACUACAAUUCCUUUGAGGGAGUUCUGUACUGCAGGCCUCACUUCGAUCAAAUCUUUAAGAGAACCGGUAGUUUGGACAAGAGCUUUGAAGGGACACCAAAAAUUGUGAAACCAGAGAAACCUGUCGAUAGUGAGAAAGCUGCAACCAACAAGGUCUCGAGUAUGUUUGGAGGCACCAGAGAGAAAUGCGUGGCUUGUCAGAAGACUGUGUAUCCAAUUGAGAAGGUUGCAGUGGAUGGAAGUGCGUACCACAAGAGCUGUUUCAAAUGCAGCCAUGGAGGAUGUGUCAUAAGCCCAUCAAAUUACAUUGCUCACGAGGGGAGACUCUACUGCAGGCACCACCACACCCAACUCUUCAAGGAGAAAGGCAAUUACAGUCAGCUUGAAGAUGAGCAUGAGAAACCACUGGUGGCGAAGAAAUUCGCGGCCACAGAAGUCGCUGCAGAAUCAUAAACCCUUUCAAGUUGAUGAGAGUUUAAUCCUUUCUUUUCUCAUUCCCCUUUGUAUGUCACCUUCUUCUCUACGUGUUGCUGCAGGCUUUUCCUUAGUAGAAAAUUGGCUUUGCUUUCCCUCCUUGGAUGGAAGCUGAGAUGUGGUGUCCAUUUAAGAUGUGUGUGGCUGUGUGAUUUAGAAACACUUUACAGUCCGCUUUCCUUGAACCUCAUAAUCUAAUGUAUUGGGUUCCUGAUUUUGAUUAAUAUGAAAAUGUCUUGAAUGGUUUGUGAUGCUCA